UCCAUUCACUGCUCUCACCAUCACAAGCCCACUCCCCAAUCUCAGGCAGGACGUCCCUGAGAACAUCAGCAGCUUUUUCUUUGCUCUUGCUUGGCUAAAUCUAAAAAUGUCCUCGAAGCGACUUCUUCUUUUCACCUGUCUUCUUGUUUUGUCCGUCAUCACCUUGCUCCAUGGAGCCGACAGCACCACUCUGUCAGAUAAGAAGGCAGCCAGUCCUCAAGGUGCACUGAGGAAGAUCUUCAUGCCAGAGGCAGAUGCCUCCAGCUUCUACAAACGCAGAGGCAAGAGGGCUGUGAAAACUCAAGAUGAGAUAAACGCUGAGCAGAGGCAGAGGCUGGCCGCAGAUGAGAGAAGGAGGAAGUAUCAUGAGGAACAGAGGAAUGAGUUUGAGAGUUUUGCUGAAGAAGAGAACGACGAGCAAGACGAGCGCACCAGAGAGAAGACCGAGCAGUGGAGAGAGUUUCACUACGACGGCCUUGACCCAUCUUACGAGUACAACCGCCACACGGUCUAAAACAGAGCAUAACUACAAGAGAAUGGGUGGAGAGCUUUACAGUACUUUACAGUGCGUUUUGGCACAAUGUCUACAGUAAACAUGCACACAACAGCAAAAAAGAACGUAGUCUUAUAUAUGUAUUCAUGCAUGCAGAACGUAUGUAAUCAAUGUAUAAUAAUUCUCUAAAAAGAUGUACAUUUAUUCAUAUGUAGGCUGUACUAAUAACUCCCAAGUUGUUAUUUUAAUAACUAGUUUAAAAUGUAUUGUACAUUUCGUCACACAAUAAUGACACGAGUCAUUGCACAAGUUACAGAAAAUCUGUAACAGUCUUUUUUUAAUGAGUAUUAUUUUCCAAUUUCUUUAAUUUCAGAGUAACCUGAUUUUUAUUGGUUUUGUGCUGGGAGAAUGUAAAGUGUUACAGUUAAUACAAAUAAUAUUAGCAGUCUAAGCAAACAUGUAAAUCUUUGUUACAAUCCUUUAAUUUUAAAUGAGUCUGAACAACAAUAAAACUACUGUAAUCUUU